AGUGUCCGUUACAGUGGGAAAGCUCGGCUGCCCCGCGGUUGCCACCAUGGCAGCGGCUGGGGGCCCGGGUGGCGGCGUUGACAGUCCGGUGGCGACGGCAGGUAACCGACAGUUGAAGUACAUUAGUUUGGCAGUCUUGGUGGUGCAAAAUGCCUCUCUCAUCCUCAGCAUUCGCUAUGUGCGCACGUUGCCUGGGGACCGAUUCUUUGCUACCACAGCGGUGGUUAUGGCUGAAAUUCUUAAGGGAAUCACCUGCCUACUGCUCAUCUUUAUUCAGAAGCAAGGUAACCUGAGACAGUUUGCUGCCUCUUUGUAUGAUUCCAUUUUGGUACAGUAUAUGGACACUCUCAAGCUAGCAGUGCCUUCUCUCAUUUACACCCUCCAAAACAAUCUGCAGUAUGUGGCCAUUUCCAACCUGCCAGCAGCUACCUUCCAGGUCACCUACCAGCUGAAGAUCCUCACCACAGCUGUCUUCUCGGUGCUGAUGCUCCGCAAGAGCCUGUCCCGUCUUCAGUGGCUGUCCCUCCUGCUUCUUUUUGCCGGUGUAGCCAUUGUCCAGGUGGAGCAGCAGCAGGCAGGGGGCAAACCAGCCCACAAAGACCAGGGGAUGCAACAAAGCUACAUGGUGGGACUUGUGGCCGUGGUGGUGUCCUGCCUCUCGUCUGGCUUUGCCGGGGUCUAUUUUGAAAAGAUCCUCAAAGGCAGCACAGCCUCGGUUUGGCUACGUAACGUCCAACUGGGCAUCUUCGGGACCUUGCUGGGGCUGUUGGGGCUGUGGUCCACCGAGGGGGCAGCCGUAGCUCAGCAUGGAUUCUUCUUUGGCUACACCCCACUGGUGUGGGGAGUGAUCCUGAAUCAGGCUUUUGGUGGCCUCUUGGUGGCACUGGUUGUGAAAUACGCCGACAACAUCCUCAAAGGUUUUGCCACCUCCUUCUCCAUUGUGGUGUCCACCGUGGCUUCUAUCUACCUCUUUGACUUCCACCUCAAUCUACUCUUUGCUCUAGGAGCAGGCCUGGUCAUAGGGGCUGUCUAUCUGUACAGCUUGCCCAAGGGACCAUUGUCCAGUCGAUCCCUGGUGGGUGCAGCUAUCCAGCAGCAGGGCCAUGGAGCACAAAGCAAGGAACUUCCUUCCGUGACUACAGAUGGCUUCCUGUCCAAGGUCUCAGCUAAAGAAAAAGGUUCUUAAAGCAGCAGAGAAAGCACCACCGAAGACUUCGGCAGCAUUUCAGCUGUGAUGCUUUUCUAGAUUUAACGAAAUCUUCUGCCUGCGCUUACAAGAUGCAGAACAAUUCAUGGCACUGAGUGCACAGGGAAGACGGGACUAAUUUUCUCAGAUGUGCCUUUUGGUUGCCUGAUGCACUUUACCAAGCUAAACCUGGUCACCCAUUAAGAUCUGCCUCAUGGACAGAGCUGAACCAUAGGGGCCCCAGUAGCAAUUCAUGGUUCAUUUAGAUCAGGGCUGUCAAACUCGUGGCCUGCAGGCUGGAUAUGUCAUGCGCUGGCCAUGCCCAUGCCGAGUUUAGCAAAGGGGUGGGGAAGUUGUGAUACAUCACGUUAUAACACAAAUUUGACAACCCUGAUUUAGAUGAUCAGUUAUAUCUUCCCAGAGGAGUAAUGGAGCUAUUAGAGCCAUAUUUUUUUUUUAAAAAAUGAAGCAAUACCCUUAAUCAAUUGUCUCAGUAGCCUGGUGUACAAUUUGAAUUCUAAGGUUUUUUCCUAGUGUUUGCCACCAGAAGUCUGUUACAAAUUGCAACGCUAAGGACCAACUUCAGGCCUGGACUUAUUCUGUUUUGUUUACAAUGCAGCUGGGGUGGGGUGGGUGGGAGCAGCCAAUUUUCUAAGUUCAAAAACUUGUGAUAUUAAUGCUAAUUACAGAAUGGUCCUAUGUGGGCAGUAUGAGUGAAUCCAGAAAAAAAAAUAAUCAUGUGUGAACCACCCUUGGCCCUUGAUUCUUGUGAACUGAGAUUGAUUGCAAACCACCAUUCCGUUCUGAUCGACAUUAUCAGAAGAGUUGUAACUUGUCUUAAGUCUUUUGACUUUGCUCCUGUUCCACCUGAGAAUCUGUAGCAGAGACUAACCCAGUCUAAAUUCCAUGGCUUCACUUUGCAUCGCUUUCCAGAGCUGAGCUGGCAAAAGUCUGGCCUGGGCAAAUCCAGACCUUGGAGACCAAAAAGACGACAACAUACUGACUUUUCCUCGCUGUUCAUUUCCGUUUCUCUUUGUGCACUGAGCCUUUCCCUCCCCCGUACAAAAGGGAGAGACAGUAUUUCUUUUUACUCCCUAUCCCCAGCCAUAUAUUUGUGCAGAAC